GAGUUGUCUCUGUGCAUGCCUCCUGGGACCAGGCAACCUUGAUGUGAAUCUGCCCUUAGUUCUUCUCGAAUCUUAAGCUGCCUUGAUUUCCUUCUGAUGUCCACAGUUUUAUGAGUAAGCAAGAUGGAAGCUGACCUGUCUGGCUUUAACAUCGAUGCUCCUCAGUGGGACCAGAGCACUUUCCUUGGGCGGGUGAAGCACUUCUUUAACGUCACAGAUCCCCGCACUGUAUUUGUAUCAGAGCAAGAGCUGGACUGGGCCAAGGCCAUGGUGGAGAAGAGCAGGAUGGGGCUCAUGCCCCGAGGCACCAAAGCGGAGCAGCUACUGUAUGCCAAGAAGCUGUAUGACUCAGCCUUCCAUCCUGACACUGGAGAGAAGAUGAAUGUCAUUGGACGGAUGUCCUUCCAGGUCCCUGGUGGCAUGAUUAUCACUGGCUUCAUGCUCCAGUUCUACAGGACUAUGCCGGCGGUGGUCUUCUGGCAGUGGGUGAACCAAUCCUUCAAUGCCUUAGUCAACUAUACCAACAGGAAUGCAGCUUCCCCCACAUCAGUCAGGCAGAUGGCCCUCUCUUACUUCACAGCUACUACUACUGCUGUAGCCACUGCUGUGGGCAUGAACAUGUGGACAAAGAGAGCUCCACCCUUGGUGGGCCGCUGGGUGCCCUUUGCCGCUGUGGCUGCAGCUAACUGUGUCAAUAUCCCAAUGAUGCGACAGCAGGAACUCAUCCAGGGCGUCUGCGUGAAGGACGGGAAUCAGAAUGAGCUUGGCCAUUCCCAGAGAGCUGCGGCUAUAGGCAUCACUCAAGUGGUUAUUUCUCGGAUCACCAUGGCAGCUCCUGGCAUGAUCUUGUUGCCUGUCAUCAUGGAAAGGCUGGAGAAACUGCAUUUCAUGAGGAAAGUCAAGGUGUUGCAUGCCCCAUUGCAAGUUAUGCUGUCUGGGUGCUUCCUCCUCUUCAUGGUGCCAGUGGCAUGUGGACUCUUCCCACAGGAAUGUAAAUUGCCAGUUCACUAUCUGGAACCAGAGCUCCAAGACACAAUCAAGACCAAGUAUGGAGAAAAUAUACCUUAUGUCUACUUCAAUAAGGGUCUCUAAAUAACCCACACCAGCAAGGACCAGUCUAUUCCCAUAUUCAUCAUUUCCUUCUUUGCUGCUGUGCUCGCCUGUGCUAACUUCCUUUUUGCAGCAAUGUCUGAAAGCCAGGCUGGAUUGGGGCAGAGGAGUGGGCAGGUGCUCUUGAGCCACACUCCUAGCCCUUUUUGCUUUAGGUAUUUUUCAAAUAGGGUCU